UCUGCCAUCGUGGCUGUAUGUCAUUAUUUUAAGGUUCAACUUGCAGUGACGUUUACUCAUAAAGACGUAAGAAAUCGUGAAGUGUAGACGACGAAGCCACAUAUUUCGAAUUAGUUAAAAUGGAUCAAGUAGCGAAAUUCAUUGAACCAGGACGCCAAUUCACUAAAGAUUCCAUCAGGUUAGUGAAGAGGUGCACAAAACCGGACAGAAAAGAGUUCCAAAAAAUCGCUAUUGCAACAGCAAUCGGAUUCUGUAUUAUGGGAUUUAUUGGGUUUUUCGUUAAACUGAUCCAUAUACCCAUUAACAAUAUCAUCGUUGGAUCUUAAGAUUUAGUAUUUUUGAAUCGAGGAGUGUUUGUUAUAUCAUAUUUUCUAAGAUGGUUUAAAGAAAUAAUAACAUGAUUAUCCAUGUAA